AUGCUUUCCCAGUUGGUUUCUUGGAUCGUCUCCCCCUCCCCAUCCUCUUCCUCUUCCGAAGAACAAAACCAUGACAUUAACACUGAUGAUCACAUUAAUUAUGAAAACCACCAAGACAUAAAUAUACAAGAUGACGAGAACGAACAAUAUCUUAGCUCAUGCGAUGUGGAUGACACCAUUCCCGUUGCUCUUGCCGUUCGAAAUGCCUCCCCUGCCGUGACGGUGGCCUUCCCGCCCAACGAUGAAAGAAGCAUCAUCCCCGACACCGCCCCCACAUUAGUAACAGGCUCCAAAGGGCAGCGCUCCACCAAGUAUACCGGCAUGAUGAGACAAUAUCAGAGGCUGUGGACGAAGCAGGAUGAGACGGAACUGCUGAAGGGAUACCUUGAUUACAUCAAGAAGCAUGGAAAGAGAACCACCACCCUCCAAAACGACGUAGCCUCGUUGUAUGACCACGUGAGGCCCAAACUGAACGUGGAUUUCAACAGGAAUCAGCUUGUUGAGAAGCUGCGUAGGCUAAAGAGGAAACACAAGUUGGCUUUGGACAAAGGCAAGGACAAGGAGGCUCCCUUUAGGAACCCCCAGGAUCAGGCUAUUUUCGAAAUUUCCCACAAGAUUUGGGGCAAUGGCACGGAUAACCUAUUAGACCAAGAUUCUUUGGAUGGUGAUGAAUCAGGACGCACUCCUGAAAGUCGUUACCUUGUUGGCAACAUUAAGAUGAAGAUUGAUCAACUUGACAACAGUGAUGAAAUAGACGAGAGAGUGCCAAAGCGAUUGCGGCUAGAUGAUGCAGAAGAUGUGAACAGAACAAAUGAGCAGAACAAUGUUGCUAGUAGCAUCCAGGGCUUCAUCGAGGAGACCAUGAGGUCCUGUUUCUCCCCAUUGCCGAAGGAAGUGUUGGAUGAAGGACAGGAUGAGCCACUUCCUGGGUUAGUGCCAAUCCCAUUGCCGCUAUGCCCUGAGGGAGUGGACCAUCAGCAAUGGAAAAAACGGGGGAUUGUGGAGCUGGAGGUGUAUUUGAAGCGGUUGCAAUUGUUGCACGAUCAUAUCAAGGCUAGAUUGGAGGAAUUGCGAUCUAGAUGA